ACCGGUCGUGCAAACACGUUUGCGAACGCGCUUGCACCAAACGCGCUCGCGCUCAAAUGCUCUCACCAAUUCCAAAUUUUCCUCUCCUUCCUCUGAAAACUCUUCCACCCAAUCUCCUCGUACGAAAUCGCGCACGCAACUAACUCGUUAUUCUAAACGUCUUUCUGGUAAUGCCCGUCGCGAAGCAUCCGAUCCCACGUCAGAUAUGAUUGCAAAACUGGUCAAGCUUCCGUCGACCGACGAGAGGAGGAGAUUAAGGAAACGAACGGUGGAAGAAUAUUUACAGCCAAAGCGAGUCAGUCGUGGUAGAAGUAACGGCAGAACCAGCUAUAACAGAGAGGAAUGGAUGGUCGAAAAUUUAAUAGAAGAAGCAGUCGAUGAAGUAGCUACAGAAUCAGUUGCAAGGAAUAAAAUUGUGGAAGUAGUUGGUGAAAUAUCUGAGGAAGUAAUGGAUGACGUAACUAUUAGAGUUUCUGGUAGGGAACCUGUAGAUGAAGUACUGAGUGGCCUAUCUGAUGAAAUGUCGGACGUCGUAGUUGAUGAGCUAACUCAGGAAGCAGCUGACGAAGUAGCCGAUGAAGUAACCAUUGAAAUGAACAUAUAG